AUGAAACCUACUUUAACAAGGAACGCAAUGAAGGAUCUAACUAAAAGAUUUAUUAAAGAUAAUAACACAACUUUAAGGGGUAGUCCUACUAUAUAUAAUCCAAGAUCUUCAACUGCAAAUUAUAAAGGGUUCCUUAAAGCAGAAAAGAAAAUACCUCAAGGUCUAUAUUAUCAACCAGCUCAAUCAUCCCCUACUGGAUCAAUUAAUUCUGAAACUAUUCCAAGAUCUUUCCUACCCAAGGAUGAUCCAAGAAGAUUAUUAUACGAGAAAAGCCCUCUAGGAAAUGAUCCAAUAAAGAAUAAAUUCGAUUCUAACUUAGAUUUUAAUGUAUUAACAGGAAAUAAUAGUAAUAAACUGGAAAAAUCAUACCAUUUGAAACCUGAUCAAAUUAAACAAAUACAACAACUACGUAAUGAAAAUCCCACAUUAUAUUCAAGAAGUAAACUGGCUAAGAUGUUUAAUGUCUCACCUUUAUUCAUAUCUCUAUGUAGUAAGCCACCUAAAUCACAUUUAGAUGAAAUGGAUAGAAGAUUAAAUGUCAUUAAAGGUAAAUGGAAUGAAAGAACAAAACUAGCUCGUGAUGAUAGAAAGAAAAGGAAAGAACUAUGGUAUAGAGCGUAA